AUGGAGGUCCUGUUUCUGUGCGCGGUCCUCUCCUGCCUGGUCCCGCUGAGCUCAGGAGAUAUGCCGCCUGGCAUCCGAAAUAUUAUCUGCCAGACGAGACAUGGAACCUGCAGACUUUUCUUCUGCCACUCUGGCGAGAAGAGGGGUGAAAUCUGCUCCGACCCCUGGGAUAGGUGCUGCAUAUCGAACGCAGAGGAAGAGAAGAAGAACAAACCAGUGGAGACCUGA